CUCGGAUCUUCCCAGUGGGGUACAUGACAUCUUGUGGCAAAAGCCGAAUAAUCAUCGGGAACAGCAGGUAUUAUUUUUCUGUCUACACUUCUAGCCUCAUUUGCUACAGAAUAAAUCAAACGUGCAUAUUGAUAAGCUAAAGUUAAAUCGAGAGCGAUUAUUUUAUAAGCUAAAUUUAAUCCGAGAGCGAUUAUUUAGUUGCGAUUAAACUAGACACAGCCAUAAAUGUCGCCAUUGAAGUUUCUGUCUCCAUUUGAAUACAAGGAGCCUCAGCAAGGGUUUUGGGGUCCAGUGACUUCAACAAUCGACUGGUGUGAGGAAAAUUAUGUGAUCUCUCCGUAUUUUGCAGAGCUUGUUAACGCCACCACGAAUCUCUCGUUCUACUUUCUUUCGCUCAACCUGGUGCGUUCGGCUAUUGUGAACAAGCAUGGACUGAUGUUCGUCUUUGUGUCCAUCGGUAUGUGUAUCGUUGGAAUCGGUUCCUGGUUGUUCCACAUGACUCUAAAAUAUGAAUUUCAAUUAUUAGACGAGCUCCCAAUGAUUUAUGUCACAGCUAUUCCAUUUGCCUACAUUUUUGGGCUGGAAACAGAGUCCAAGGUGAAGAGGUUCUCAAUUUAUGGACUCACUGCGGUCGUCAUCGCAGCACUAACUUAUAUCUAUUGCUCGGUGUACAAAAAUCCAGAGCUUCACCAGGCUUCCUAUGCAGUUCUCAAUUUUGCCAUAGUGUUUAAAUCACUAUCCUUGGUGAAAAACCACGUUACUGACUACAACCAGAGACACUUUCUUUAUAAAUUCGUUGGCUUUGCCCUGUUUGAGUUUCUGUUCGGGUUUUUAGUUUGGAAUCUCGACACCUUCUACUGCUCGGAACUGAUUAGGGUCAGGAGACUUGUCGGCCUCCCAUUUGGGGCACUGUUGCUGGAAGGACAUGGGUGGUGGCACAUUCUCACCUCUUUGGGGAUUUUCCAUUUCAUUCUCUACAACCAGCUCCUUAACGUGUGGUACCAUGGUCUUCAGGACCAAUAUGAGCUGGUUUGGAAGCUAGGCAUGCCUUUUGAGGUUAGGCUGAAACAGAGUACAUCGCCUAGGCAGGUGAAAGAUGAGAAAAAGACCGUUAAAUAGACAUUAGAUCACAAAAGUCGAUCGACGCACAUAAAGUCCAAAGAUUCAUCUUCUGUGGAGUAAUCAAAUAA